AUGAUACCCCCGAGGCUGCGCAUCUUCCUCGACAACAAGAGGCAGAUCGACCAACACAACGCCGGCAACCACAGCUUCCAGAUGGGUCUGAACCAGUUCUCAGAUCUGACCUUCACUGAAUUUAAAAAGUUGUACCUGUGGAGAGAGCCCCAGAACUGCUCAGCCACAAAGGGGAACUUCCUGCGCAGCUCUGGGCUGCAUCCAGACUCCAUCGACUGGAGGAAGAAGGGGAAUUACGUGACGCCCGUGAAAAACCAGGGCCCCUGCGGGAGCUGCUGGACCUUUUCCACCACGGGCUGUUUGGAGUCUGCUAUUGCUAUUGCGACAGGAAAGCUCCUCUCUCUGGCGGAACAACAGUUAGUUGAUUGCGCCCAGGCUUUUAACAACCAUGGCUGCAGCGGGGGACUGCCAAGCCAAGCCUUUGAGUACAUACUGUAUAACAAAGGGCUCAUGGGGGAGGACACCUACCCGUACCGGGCCAAGAAUGGCACCUGCAAGUUCCAGCCGGAGAAGGCUAUUGCGUUUGUCAAGGAUGUUAUCAAUAUCACCCAGUAUGACGAGGAUGGCAUGGUAGAAGCUGUGGGGAAGCACAACCCGGUGAGCUUUGCGUUUGAGGUGACGAGUAACUUCAUGCACUACAGAAAAGGAGUCUAUUCAAACCCACGAUGUGAGCACACUCCUGACAAGGUGAACCAUGCUGUCCUCGCUGUGGGGUAUGGAGAAGAAAAUGGGACUCCUUACUGGAUUGUGAAGAACUCCUGGGGCUCGCUAUGGGGCAUGGAUGGGUACUUCCUUAUUGAACGUGGCAAGAAUAUGUGUGGUCUUGCUGCUUGUGCAUCUUACCCGGUUCCUCAGGUGUAA